AUGAGUACCAUCGAAAUACUUGAAAGUGACGAUGACAGCGAUAUUGAGGUUGUCAAAGUUGAAGCGGGGCAAGGAGGUUCUCUCGACGAACGGUGUUUUGCUGAGAAGGUCUACGAUAUGAUUGUGGAAGUUGAGGCGGAGGAAAAAGGUAGAAAAAGCAAGCUGAUUCAGUGGGAAGAUCGAGGACAGGCAUUUGCGUUUCAAAGGUACCAUGCCCGCCUUCCUGAAGUUCUAUGGGCCCAUCUUGAGAUUGCAUUGAAGAAAGAAAUGGCCGUCAGAAAAUUUCUAGACAAGCUUGAGUUGCAUGGAUUUCGCCGUGAGAAGCCCGAGAAUGGAAAGCCUGGAAUAUACCUAAAGUACUCGCACGAGCUGUUUCAGCGUGGGAUGAGUAAGGAUCAGUUCAAACAAAUCGAACGGACUUGUGGACAUGAUGGCAGCGAAGAGACAGUCUCAAGACCAACACAAUCUGCCCAAAGCUGUAAGGCAUCACCUUCUGGAAGCACUGAUAGCAACCGGAAGCACGCUCACUCUGGUGGAUCACCAAGAUAUCGGAACUCGCAGAAAACUGAAAGCCCCCAUUCACACGGAAAGAACACAGAAGUUGGACCAGGGGAUCGGGAAUCUUUACGGUCACCUGGUCGAAGGAAAACACUCAAUCGAUCAUCAGAAGAAAGAACUAACCCGUACCGUGCAAACCGAACGAAUAUCAACACUGGUUCGGGAGACAGAGCGUCCCAGCCCAGUGGUAAGACUGAUCCCAACGAAAGGGGCAUGGGCUCGUUACGCGACCAGCAACCGCAACGAAACACCGCUAGGGGCUCACGGAGUGUGUCCCCAGCUAAGAGGGGAAGAAGCUCCUCUGAAGGGACAGGCAAGCGUGCUGUAUCGCUUGGGGUAUCCUCUAGAGAUCGGAACCGCAAAGGGGAGGGUGCCAGAGCCAAGGAUAGCACAACAAACCGCAGUCAAGUGACGGUAGCCCGCAAGGAUAGCGCAAGGAAACAGCUAGAACUUUUUGGGAAGUCUGAAGACAGCGCCAUCUCCAUUGAUGACGACACUGACGAUGAGGACAACAGAAACGACACCAGCAAGCAGGAUGGAAGGAAGGAUGAUCAGGUGGACGAAUCCGACGACGAACCUGUAGUGCUGGCUGUAUCCUCCCCAAACGAUACCCGCUUACCGUCUUCAAGCCCAGCUUAUGCUGCUGCACGCACGGUGCCCGUGGCAAAGGCAUCCAAUACUGCAAUGAACGCAGGGUCGCGAAAGCGUGGUCGUGGGUUGCCUGCAACGUCAUCAUUUCGGGCAUCGGGAUCGACGGCUCCCAAACGGAGUGGAAAUGCAUCCCGCAAGGGGGGGACAAAAAGUGAUGAUGACACAUCAUCGGCCUCGUCUCCGUCUCGUUAUGGCAUUAAAGAUGGCAGACACACGAAAGCGAGCACUCCCGAAGAACCUUCACAGUCGCCAGCCUCGAUGGGUCAAGCUUCCAUAUCUCAUGAGCGUCAAGCUGCCGAAAGGAAGCGCCAGGUAGAAAGCUCGCCGAUGUACAGCUCGGAAUCAGAGGACUCUAUGUCGGGAUACUUGAUCGGGAAAAGCGUAAUCAACACUGUUAGUUCGGAAUCAGAUGAUUCGAAGCCAGCAGCUCAGAUGAACCACGAAGGCGCUUUAGGAAAGGUGCUUACGCAAGUAUCCACGAAAACGAGAGGCAAACUGGUCGUUGAACUAGACUCUGAUGAGUCCAGCACAACUGAUGUGUCCCAUGAUUCUGAUCUAGAGGGCACAGAAGCCAGAGGCCCAUGUCUCGGUGCUAAGUCGGGGUCGAUCGCCCCACGAACAUCACUGCUGCAAGAUUCUGGAAGGACUCUCUCGGGAAGGGUUAGCGUUGAAAGCUCCUCUGAAGUGGCUGAGUCUGGGGACGGGUCUGGUUCUGUAGCUUUAACAGAACGAAGGCCCUCUAAGGUGGUAACCCAGACAAGAAAUGAAGGGAUCAAGUCUUCCCAUGGCGUUCGACAUGUUGACACCAAGGGUGGCGCUGUGGUGGUUAAUGCGCCCAGUCAAACUAAGCCUGCUUCACGCGAAACGCUUCCUGAAGCCAAAACAUCGCAAGAAAAAGAGGGGAAUGUUGAGAGAUCCAAAGCAUCCCUUUCGAGUCUCAAUGAUGAGAAUCCUUCUGCAGGUUUCUCUUUUACCGAAGACGGCGUGCCCGACACGAGGCCACGGAAGGUGCAGCGUACUGGAAGCUUCACGUCGAAAGAGAAGCGUUCUACGACAGAUGAUGAUUCUCCUCCGCCAGUAGACCUAAAACUGUUCUUUUCGCCCCGCCUGGCAGAGUCCAUUGAAGACAAAAAGAAACUAAGCAGGCGUGUCAGAGAUCAGUGGAGGUUGGCUGCAUUUGAAAACUCCCAGAAGAGGAACAGUCUGAUGCAGAAACUAUUGCUCGAGCGCGACGCCACAUUACGCAAAGCAUCAACAAAACGAGCCAGCAGAGGCGGCCUAAGCUUCUUUUCCAACGCAACCGUCCCACCAAGCAGUGAUGCUUCUACGAAGAACAGGUCAGAGGAGCAGCUUUUUGUGACGCAAGGCGACUACGGCGACAGAGAGACCGUAGGAUUGGAGUGCAAUUUCUUGGAAGGAGCGGAGGAACCGCAACCAAAGCACACUACGCCCAUGACCUUAACGUCUCUCUACGCUGUCGAUGACGACACAGAUUUACGUUUUGUGCCCCAUUGCAGGGAAGGAGUUGAAGGCAUUCUCGAAGGGCUCUUCAACAUAGAUGAAAGAACGAAGCGAUUCACGAGGGGAAUGCCGCUCUGCAGAGAAGAAGAGUUGACAAAGGACCUUGACUUGGCGCUUGUGCGACUCCGUUACGAAUAUUGCCCAAAGGAUUCUGAUGGGCGAUACAAUCCGAAACAAAUAGAGGCUUUGCGUCAUUUCCUAUGCUGCGCGUUCAAAUCAAUUCGAGAGAUACAUGAAGAUUUCUUUAAUGAGAGGUUCAACGCGCUGGUCGAGAAAUCGAACGACAAAACGGAGCUACCAUCGGAAUCUCCUCCUGAUCUCGAAGGAGCAGCCUCGGAAUGGAGUGACUAUCUCAAGAAUGCAGAUACUUAUCGCGUCUUCUUUUGCAAUCGUUGCUUUAUCUACGGUUGCAACUUGCACCCAGACCUUCUAAACUCUGACGCGAGAAGCGAACUCGGCAUGACGUCGUUAGAGCUGCAAUAUGAAAGGGCAAUGCAACGAGAGGAAGACGGAUAUUGGAAGGAUGUGGAGUUUGAUAUUCGACUUCCACAAGGAAGUCGUGCAGUUUUGCCCUCUCAAGACAAGAAUCGUUCUGGAUCGACUGUGACAUUGAAUGCCUCUCAAGAGGCCCUGUGCAAGCGAAUGUUUGUCAUUUUCCAAGGCGACGCCUCGAAAAUUGCCAAAGCUUUGCAGCUUCCAGCGGAGAGCAUAUCCAACUUUAUUUCAUCGAAGAAGAUGACUCUACCGCGAAGGACUGGAGCCCUGUUCAAGAAGAAAGCUGUUGGGAAGAAACCAAUGUUAUACCAUUCGAUGAAUCACUACAAUCAGCGUUGGCUAGGAAGGAUACACAAUAAGAAUGGCAACGAUUCAGACGACAUUUGGUGCAUGCCAUGCACCCACGACGGACCUUGUCGUGAUAACUCCUGUAGCUGCCAAAGUCAAUCUUGCCCCUGCUUUGCAGCUGGCCGUGAAUGCGAUCCUGACCUCUGCAAGAAAUGUGGUGCAUGUACUGACCCACCAAAUGCCGACGCAACGACACAGCCGUGUCGCAACGAUCAUGUAUCCAUGCGGCGCCACCAACACUUACUUGUGGGCAUAUCUACCAUUCCCGGUGCCGGGUGGGGUCUGUUCACGAAGAAUUUUCUGAAGAAGGGUGCGUUUGUUCACGAGUAUUUGGGGGAGUUAAUCAGUCAAGAAGAGGGUGAUCGAAGGGGUCACUUGUACGACAAGAAUGGCCACAACUAUCUCUUCAAUCUGACUGAAGACAAAUUAAUCGACGCCGCCCACAAAGGCAACAAGUUGCGAUUUGGCAACAGCAAAGAUCCUCCGAACCUUGAAGCCAAGAAAUUGGUUGUGAAUGGUAACUUGAAGAUUGCCUUUUUUGCCAGGGAGGAUAUUCCUGCUCAGGGUGAGCUUUUCGUGCAUUAUGGCGAAACAUUCACGCAGGAUUUCAUGAAGGGUGGGAAGAGACGUGCCUCAUAUGGUUAA